GCCAUACAUCUGAGCUCACUCUCGUACCUUGUUUCACUUCUUUUGUCAUCUCUACAAUCCUCCCACAGCAAUGAGCCAACCAGAACAGCCUGAGCUCGUUGACGCGAGCGACGCGUCCUCUGUGCCCGACUCUAGUGACGAGUCCUCGGGAAGUACCGAGGAGCUUUAUCACACAACUCUGGAGGCCCGCAUUGCACUCUGGAAGAUCCAACUUCAACAAGAACGCCUGACACCUCUUCUACAAAAGGAAAUGAACAGCGCAAUUGAACUGAUGGCAAAAGAGAUACGGAAGCCUCGGCUGUCCGCAGAUAUUGAUCUCGUCGAGAAGCUGGACAGUAUGCACAACGACAUCUACGAACACUGGUCCAAGGUCUUCAAGGACCCAUCGGAUCGCAGUCUCCUCCUGGUGAACAUCAAUCGCUAUGAAGUCGUUUUGGUCGGGAUGUUGUAUGAGGACUACACGUUACAGUCCGUCAGCCCUUUUGAGCCCCUUUUACCCGGUGACCCUUGGUUUUCGGAUGUGUCCAGCCAUGUGCAACACCACAGACAACCCAAAGAUGGUAGUACCAGCGAUAACGACAAGUACUACCAAGAGAACGUCUUGUUUCCUUUAGAGGAGAUGAACCUGGGCUCUCUUGUAUCGCACGCAGAAAACAGGCUUUGUGCUACAGCAGCUGCACGUCAAGCGGGGGCCAAAGGUACAGGUGCCUACGUCGCACGGCUUAUCCAAGAAUGUGACUGGGAACGUCUGGCUGAAACUCUCAUCUAUGAUCGCCAGAUUUACAACAACCUCUGUGGCCACAACACCCUCUGUUUGAACCGGGAAUGGCUGGAAUCACGGCGUCCUACGAUACUAGGGCGUAUGGACGACUUGCAACGCAUGUACUACACAAAUAUAUCCAGUCCAACAAACUAUACGAUCAGCAAGCAUGCGAUGGACCUGUUAGCCAGACACUCAACCGGUGCACCGCUUCGUGUCCCCCACUCUCGAGUAUCAAAGCCCCAAAUUCACACGUCGCCUAUUACCAAGAUCAAGGGCAGACUCCAACUAUUGGCAGACGGUCUGAACAUGAGAUUCCGCAAAGAUACCGCCACUUCGAGUGCCAAUCCCGAAGAAAAGAGUCACUUGCUGUUCCAGUCCCAGAAAGGUACCGCUACAUCCAGUAUCGUAUCGGAUGAGAAACCAUUUUUAUUGGAUUGAAGGAAUGGUUAAGACCGCGUGAUCUCCGGAGGUGGCAGGAGUGUGUUAGUGGGCUCAGCAGUAUUACCGGCCCCUUCUCCUAUAAGUACUUACUUAUAUCAAUACUCAUGACGAUGUGAUAGUCGACGGCGGG